CCCUCUUCUCCCUGCUCGAGUCUCCUUCUCCUAGCCAGAGGAGCCAGAGGGAGAGAGGGAGAGAUGGGAGGGUCACGAAGAAAAUACAAGAAGUCGAAACCGAAGGUGAGGGUUGGCCUACCAAGGAAAAACCCUAACGUAUUCAAGCCGGCGUUCUCUCUUCCUCCGAAGCUCCGCUCCUUGCUUCCGCAAGACCCCAACUGGGACGGCAAGGCCAGCGUCAUCCAAAAUUACAAGUCCUUCGGCGUCGUAUCCAAUCCCAACUUUCUCGGCGUCCGAUCCCGCACCUCUCACAUCAUCGAAACCGAAUCUCUCCAGGUCCCCCACCGGUCCCUUGAACCCGAAGCCGCCCCCAUGGAGCACGACUCUAUCGCCUCUGGUAGCGAUCUCGAAGAGGAUGAUUUGAAAUCAGCACUGGGAAAGCAGCGAAGUGAUGGAAAAUCUGCACCACCACAACCAUUGACGGCCAUGCAGUGUCUUCAUAUUGGUCGGUUGAUUGAGAAAUAUGGAGAUGAUUUUGAGAGAAUGUUCAUGGAUACAAAGCUAAAUUCCAUGCAGCAUUCAGUUGCAACUCUGGAGAAACUUUGUAAAAGGUAUCACAUGCAUAAAGAUAGGAAUCCCAUAAUAGUUUCCAGUUGACAAUGGCUUUAUAUGGAGCUGCGAUGCCUUUUGAUCCUUUGGAACUAUGUUAUUCCAGGCCUCAAUUUAUUGUAGGAUGAUUUUACUGAUAAAAAAAAUUUUAUUGUGUAA